AUGUAUAAUGAACAUGCAAGACGUGUUCAAGACGUGGAUUUUGAACUCGUUUACCAACCUGGCAAGGAUGAACAAGAUCCAUUAGACUUCUUAUCAAGGCAUCCACUACCAASCAAUGAAGAAGAAGAAACUGAAGCAAUCAUCAAGCAGGUCACAGAAGCAAGUCACGCCAUCGUACUGGACAAGAUACGAGAAGAAACAGYAAAAGACGAGCAACUCCAGAAGCUGAGUGAACGAAUGAUUAAAGGAGAUUGGGCUCGACAUYRCAAAGAUCCAGACAUAACACCGUACUUCCAUAUCAGGCAAGAAUUAUAUGAAGUUGACGGAAUAAUUCUAAGAGACAAUAAGAUCGUCGUACCARCCACGUUGCAAAGAAAGGUKGUGAAGACAGCUCACAGACUUGGUCAUUUAGGAAUAACAAAAACAAAACAGAUGCUUAGAGAGAAGUACUGGUUUCCGACCAUGAAUAAUCUAGUAGAACAGAUAAUCGGACAAUGUUUUGAGUGUCAGRUGACGGUGAAAAGCCAUCGAGAAGAACCAAUCAAGUCACSAACAAUCCCAAGAGAACCRUGGGAGACCAUAGCUAUCGACUUUGGAGGACCAUAUCCCGACGGACACUAUYAACUAGUAGUAAGGGAUAAGAGAACGAGGUAUGUUGAGAGUCGAAAGUGA